CGCAGACCGCCCGCAUGCCCACAACGCGCAACCUCCUCCCGAAGCGGUGGUUUCGCUCUCGCCGCUCCCCAAACCCAGAAGAGCCCGAUGUCGCUCACCGAUCACUCCCCCGCGAAAUGGACCGGCGUCCGCGAGCCGCCAGAGUUCUCGCCUCACCCCCUCGCGCCCAAAACUCACCCCUCGAUGAAGAAUCCCUCGAAAGAGCCUACCCUUCCAUGGGACACCUGGAGUAUGUCCUCGCUGGAUCGUCCCCGCCCGCAGAAAGUGCCCCAAAUAUGUACGACAGCUUCGAAGAGCCGCCCUUGGAUCUAACUGCGCACAUCUGCGGGGACUCGAUACGUCAGAGCGCUUAUGAACAGAUGCGCGCCGUCGGCGGACGGCUCAGAUUGCUCGAUGAACUAGAAUCAGGAGCGAUUACAACUGAACCCGCUCUCAAUUUGUUCACAUCAGCGUCAGAAGCGGAGAGAAAUGUGUGUCUAUUUUGGGCGUCGUUCCUCAAAUUGGACCAAUUAUUACCGUUAUUGGUCGAAGCGGGAGCGGACCCGUUGCAUUACGAUGCACUGGGCCUGUCUCCCCUGCACGCCGCGGCGUUUAGCGGAUCGACCGAUUGCGCAAAUUAUCUCCUAUCAUGUGGAGUGGAUCCAAAUUAUAUGCCGAGAUGCUUUGUGCCGCUACAUUGUGCAGCAUUCGGAAAUUCAGUGCAUGUGGCUAAUUUACUAAUCAGUAGAGGUGCGUCAGUCCACGCGGCCGUGAAGUAUGUCAACUGCGAAGGUGGCCUGCUGCAUUGCGCCGUAAGAGCGAAUUCUGUGGAUUGCUUGAAAUUGUUUAUAUCUCAUGGCGUUGACGUAAACCAGAUAGAACCAGGUGGCACUAAUGCAAUACACUUAGCGGCUGAUUUGGGCAUGAUUCAAUGUCUUACGAUAUUACUGGAUACACCUGAAGCCGAUGCGAAUGUUAGAACUCGGGUUGGAGAUAGAGAAUCAACAGCGUUACAUCUAGCAGCCGACGGUGGCUUCGCAGAAUGUUUGGAUUUACUUCUCACGAAAGGAGCAGACGCUACCCUAAAAAAUCACAGAGGAUUCACAGCUUUACACCUUGCGGCAAGGUCUGCCAGUUUGGAAUGCGUCGAAUCGCUGCUAAGGAAAGGUAACGCAGAUCCCAAUGCUAUGGAUUUUGACAAGAGGACUCCUUUACAUGCAGCUAUCGGCAAAUCAGACAGCGCAUGCGACAUAAUUGAAACUUUGAUCAGUUGGGGAGCCAAUGUAAACCAGAAAGAUGAAUACGGCUUUACGCCCUUGCACUUAGCUGCACUUGACGGGUUAUCUGCGUGUGUGGAGACAUUAAUCUAUCACGGCGCUGACGUAACGACGCGAUCUAAAAAGGGCAACUCCGCACUUAAUGUGAUCGCUCGAAAGACGCCCGCGUCACUUGCGAUGAUAACAAGGAAGUUGGACUGCGCUAUCACAUUACAUCACUCACAGACGAGUAAUCGUGAAGUCGAACUUGAACUCGAUUUCCGCAGCAUUCUGCAACAUUGUUACCCGAGAGAAAUAAGCUAUUUGAACACUUUUGUCGACGAGGGCCAAAAGGAAGUACUUCUACAUCCUCUUUGCUCCGCUUUCCUGUAUAUUAAAUGGGAGAAAAUAAGGAAGUAUUACGUUGCACGUCUAUUUUUGAGUUUUAUAUUUGUUCUUUGUCUCACGCUUUAUGUUUUGACUGCACUUGCACACAACUGCUAUAACGGUAGUAAGGAUAUGGAAGAAACGAUUCAAGAACAAGAGCUGUGUCAAAAACAAUCUAUACUUGGAGAUUUGUUGAGGAAAAAUCCAUUUGUGAUAGAAAUGCAGUGGUGGGUAUUAGCUGGAAUAACAAUAUUCGAAAUAUUCCGAAAAGUCUACGGUAUAGCUGGAUAUUCCACAGUUAAACAGUAUCUAAUGCAAUCUGAAAAUAUGAUAGAGUGGUUUGUCAUUGUAAGCGUUUUCUUGAUAUCAUACAUCUAUACGAACAUCACUUAUACGUGGCAAAAUCAUGUCGGAGCUUUUGCUGUACUCGCCGGAUGGACAAAUCUCAUGAUGAUGAUCGGACAGCUACCGGUCUUUGGGACAUACGUGGCUAUGUAUCAAAAAGUACAGAAAGAGUUCGCAAAACUGUUAAUGGCCUAUUCAUGCAUUCUCAUUGGAUUCACAAUAAGUUUCUGCGUAAUAUUUCCAGAUUCGUCAUCGUUCGCCAAUCCAUUCAUGGGCUUUAUAACAGUACUGACAAUGAUGAUCGGGGAGCUUAAUUUAGAUUUAUUGCUGAACGAACCAGAUGGAAAUGACCCACCGGUUCUACUAGAAUUUUCUGCACAAAUAACCUACGUGUUGUUCUUGAUGUUUGUCACUGUCGUACUAAUGAAUCUUCUAGUUGGUAUCGCGGUACAUGACAUUCAGGGAUUACGAAAAACGGCUGGCCUAUCCAAACUGGUUCGACAAACAAAACUAAUCUCAUACAUGGAGUUGGCUUUAUUCAAUGGCUAUUUACCUAAAUGUCUCUUAAAAAUACUCCAUUCUUCAGCCCUCGUUUCACCACAAGCCUAUCGAGUUGUAUUGAGUGUGAAGCCAUUAAAUCCGAGCGAAAAACGCCUCCCUAGAGACAUAAUGAUGGCAGCUUACGACAUCGCCAAAAUGAGAAAGCAAUACGGACACACAAUAUCUUCUAAUGGGUCUACAACCGGCGCGUACUCGUGUUUCAAGAAGUACGAAAACAACAAUGACUCUAGCUAUCGAGAGUACGGUUACUCAUCUGGUUUAGGAAGUCUGCAAGCGAGGCUCGACGAAACUUCGGAGAAUGUCCGCCAACUAACACAGGAAGUGAGAGAGUUGAAAAAACUUAUAAGCGCUCAGCAGCUCGUGAUACAACAAGCGUUGGCCGGCGCGAUGGAUACCCGUUGAUGAUAUAAUAGGCCAUUUAUUUUCAAUGCCAACGGUAUAAGUCAAUAAACUAUAGCGAGCAUUGUCGAUCGUUUAUAAGUCUAUUGUGAACCGUUGUGAACUUAAUCUGGGAGGUGAUAUUUUGUAUUGUACAUAGGAAAAAUAGUGAUGGAGGAUUCGCUUUUUGUGAUCCUAAGUAAUGUUUUGGUAGAUUAUUAUUGUGAUAUAGUGUAUGGUAUAAUAAAAUUAUUUUUAAAAUGA